AUGGCCCAGGCCAACCUGCUUCGGGCUGGGCCACUCGAGAGAACCGUCGACGGGUCCGGGAGCACCGACUGUCUUCCGGAUCGACCACAGGCCCACGUCCUCGUCGACCUCGCGUCCUCCUACGGGCCUCGCCACUGCGAUGAGGUUCAUCCACGCUGUGGCAACUGCGUCAAGCAUGGCGUACCCUGCGACUUCGAGAACCCCGAUGUUGCCCAGGAACUCCACGCCCUCCUGGCCGGUUCGACGGCCUCGCCGGGUUCCAGCGGCCAGGCUGCCUCGCUAGAUGAUCUGCUCUCGGAAGCCUCGAUGCCUCGCCCGGCAGGCUACGUUCCCGCCACUGCUCAAUCCUCCGCGUUCUCCAUCCCGCUGUACCGUCAGCCAGCACAACCGCUGCCCGGGUCACAACCCAUCGGCCGCCUGACCGAGCUCCGCCUCAUGCACCAGUAUACGAACCACACAUACAAGACACUCGCCAUCACCUCUCCGGAGCUCGCAGAGAUGUGGGGCGUCGCCAUUCCGAACCUCGCCUUUGCUGGGUCCACACACUUGGUCGAUGCCAUCCUCGCCGUGUCCGCGCUGCACAUGAGGAGUCUGUGCCCGAACGACACCGAACUGAUUCGCGCCGGCCAUGCGUACAUGGCGUCGUGCCUGAACAAUUACAGCAAUAGCCUAAAAAACGGCAUCAACGCCGACAACGCCGCAACGCUGUUCCUCACCUCCACGCUUAUCGCCUUCCAGAGCACCGCUACCCGCAUUUUCACAAAGGACGAGUCUCCGUUUGCCCUGAUGAACGCUGGAGGCUACGAAGGGAGGGACAUUGGAGCGUCUGGAAGCGUGUAUCAGCCACCACUGACUUGGUUCCACUCCUUUCAGGGCGUCAAGACGGUCGUGGCGGCUUCGUGGGCCUGGCUGAAGCAGAACGACAUUAUCCUUGCGAUCAUUGACUCCCAGCCAGUUUUAAACCUAAACUUUAGCCGAGCGACAGAGGGUUUCUUUGGCCAUUUGCUUGACGACCUGGACGAGGAAAUCGCGGCGCUCGGCCCGUCUGCGCCAGUAACCCCGGUGCACGAUCCGAAUUAUGCCCUCCCUGGAAACGAACCCGUGGACCUAGCGACAAGCACUCGGCAGGCAUACCAACACGCAGUGGCGACCCUGAACUGGGCGCAUAGCAAGCCGGGCAAAGGGGCGCUCGCGUUUCCAGCUACUGUCUCGAAGCGCUUUGUCGAGCUCGUCGAGGAGAGGCGACCGCGGGCCCUCGCCAUUCUUGCCUCCUUUUUCGCCCUGCUGAAAGUGCUCGACAACAUCUGGUGGCUGCAAGGGAUGUCCAGGAGGGAGGUUCUGGGGAUCGUAUCACUUUUCAACUCCGACUACUUCGGCCCGGACAUCGAACGCAAGUGGUGGCCGCACCUCGAGUGGGCGGUCCGCCUGGCACUGUACGACACGGGCAGCAGUGGCCACAACCACAUACCCGUCGACAUGUGGGGGCCUGGCUGGGUCGAUGAGCAGCCGAGCGAGCUCACCUUCACGAGCCACAUCGAGAUGCUGAGCGAGCUUGUCAACCCAAGCUCGCCCGUCCCCGCGCCGCCGAGCGACACGUGA